GCAUUCCCUUCCAUCAAACCCGACACGGAUCAGAGCCUGAAGAAGGAAGGGCUCCUGUCCCAGGACGGGAGCAGCCUGGAGGCUCUGCUGAGGACGGACCCUCUGGAAAAACGUUCCCUGCCGGAUCCCAGGAUGGACGACGACAGCCUGGGCGAGUUCCCCGUCACCAACAGCCGCGCCAGGAAGCGGAUCCUGGAGCCGGAUGAUUUCCUGGACGAUUUGGAUGACGAGGAUUACGAGGAGGACACGCCAAAGAGGAGAGGGAAGGGCAAGGCCAAGGGCAAAGGCGUGGGAGGGGCCCGGAAGAAGUUGGACGCCGCCAUCCUGGAGGACCGGGACAAACCCUACGCCUGCGACAGUGAGUCCCAAAAUUCCCAAAAAUCCCUGGGAUCGGCCAAAACGGACAUUCCCACAUCCAGGAAAAAUUGGGAUCGGA